CCAUAUGAUUUGGGCUCUCAGACCCCAAAAGUUCAGUUAUGGGUUCCAAACAACGCCUACGUGGCUCUGCCACUGCCAAAGAACGCCUACGCUGGACACAAGAACUCCAUGAUCGUUUUGUGGAGGCUGUAAAUAGACUUGGGGGCCCUGAGAGGGCAACACCAAAAGGUAUAUUGAAAGAAAUGAAGGCUAUGGGUGUUUCAGAAUUAAACAUAUAUCACGUCAAAAGCCAUUUGCAGAAAUACAGGAUCUCCAAAUUGAUUCCAGAGUCCCCCACAAGAGGAAAGCUUGAGAAGAGAAGCAUGUCAGAUAUACUGCCAAAUUUUAGUUCUAUAACUGCUCUUCAGCUAAAGGAAGUCCUUCAAAUGCAGACAGGGAUGCAAAAUCGCCUGCGUGAUAAAACAGAGGUUCAGAGAAGUUUGAAGCUAAAAAUUGAAGCACAGGGAAAGUACUUCGAGAGAAUUGGACAAAGUAAUCAUAGCAAAACAAUCAUUGGAAAGGCAUGCAAGCCUUUUGCAACGACAAUUGCAUCUCUGCCUUCACUUUUUGAGGAAUCUGAAUCCUUGAAAACUCAACCUGAGGAAGAGCAUCAAUCAGCCAAAAAGCAAAAGAUUUCAGGAGAGGGUGUUUUUCCAACAAGUUUUGAUCAUGAAUCAUCCACCCCACCUGAAUGCUACAACGAAACCUGGGAUUUUUCUUGGAGUCAACUUGCAGCAGCAUGCCAAUCACCUUUGGUGCCCAGUUUCUUAUGAGUUUUGUUUAAUUAGAAUAUAUGUUUGCCUAAUAAAAGAAUGAUGAUGAUGUCGAUCUUAUUGUAAUGUUUGGUUGAUGUUUUGGGCCUUCAAAGCAUUUAAGUGGGGACAUUCAUUCAUAUCUCGGAGGACCUAGAAAGGAAAUAAUAUCUGUACUUUGUAAUAUACUGUUGGACAAAAUAAAAGUUUGAGCUUGGUUAGAAUUGUCA